UGCCCAGGGCUUUCCUGAAGCCCCGACAUGCCGUGCUGUUGCAUCUGCCGGGCCGGGACCUGUUGCUGGCGGGCUAGAGCCCCUACUCCCUUCGCUCCCCCUCUGGUUUUGAGACUUAGUGCCCAAGCCCCACCUCCUCCCCCACUCCCUGCCCUCCCAAUGUAGGCUGAUGCAGAGGCUGGUGACUGGGGUGGGGGGUGGGGGUCAAGGAAUGGACCAUCUCCUCACCUCAAGCUCUGGCAACUCCCGGCCCAUCCGGGGUUGGGGGACGAGGGUCUGUUUUCGUUCACUCCUUGGCUUUGCCACCUUCCCUUCCCCUUCCACUCAGUUUGGAGCCACGCCCAUUGAACCCUAGCGGGGGUGGGGAGGGGCUGGGAGCUUAUCAUCUUGCCCUGAAGGUGGACCGAGAGCCCUUUUGAGGCUUGGGUGUUGGCCUCUGCUGAUCCAAUCUCCGAUGCUGAAGACCCUUGAGGCCGGAGGGCAAGAUGCUCCGCCAAGCCCUGAGGCGCUUUGGGCAGAAGCUGGUUCGGAGAAGGGUCCUGGAGCCAGGCUUGGGGGAGAGCCGCUUUGCCCGAUGCCUGAGCACCCUGGACCUGGUGGCUCUAGGUGUGGGCAGCACGUUGGGUGCAGGUGUCUAUGUGUUGGCUGGUGAAGUGGCUAAGGACAAAGCCGGCCCGGCCAUCGUGAUUUGCUUUCUCGUGUCGGCGUUGGCUUCAGUGUUGGCCGGGCUCUGCUACGCGGAGUUUGGGGCCCGAGUCCCCCGCACUGGCUCAGCUUAUCUUUACAGUUAUGUCACUGUGGGGGAGCUUUGGGCCUUCACCACUGGCUGGAACCUCAUCCUUUCCUAUGUCAUCGGUACUGCUAGCGUGGCUAGGGCCUGGAGCUCUGCCUUUGACAAUCUGAUUGGGAACCACAUUUCAUUGGCCCUCCGGGGUAGUGUCUCUCUGCAUGUGCCAUGGGUCUUGGCGGAGUACCCAGACUUCUUUGCUCUUGGCCUUGUGCUGCUGCUCACUGGGCUGCUGGCCCUCGGGGCCAGUGAGUCAGCAUUGGUGACCAAGGUGUUCACAGGUAUGAACCUGCUGGUUCUGGCCUUUAUCAUUAUUGCUGGUUUCAUCAAGGGUGAUAUCCACAACUGGCAGCUCACACUGAAAGACUAUCAAGAGGCUGCCUCUGGACCCAAUGGCAAUAAUAGCAUCGGAAGUUUGGGCUCUGGGGGCUUCGUGCCAUUUGGUGUAGAUGGCAUCCUCCGUGGGGCAGCCACCUGCUUCUAUGCAUUUGUUGGUUUCGACUGCAUUGCCACUACUGGGGAGGAGGCACGGGACCCUCAGCGCUCCAUCCCCGUGGGCAUCGUAGUCUCACUGUUGGUCUGCUUUGUGGCGUAUUUUGGUGUCUCUGCUUCGCUUACUCUCAUGAUGCCCUACUACCUGCUGCAACCUGACAGCCCCUUGCCAGAGGCCUUCGGUUACGUGGGAUGGGCCCCUGCCCGAUACCUUGUGGCUGUCGGUUCCCUUUGUGCCCUCUCCACCAGCCUCCUGGGGGCUAUGUUCCCCAUGCCUCGGGUGAUCUAUGCCAUGGCAGAGGACGGCCUUCUGUUCCGGGCUUUUGCUCGAAUCCAUUCCCGGACACGCACCCCCGUUGUGGCCACCAUUGUCUCAGGCAUCACUGCAGCCCUGAUGGCGUUUCUCUUUGAGCUCAGCGACCUUGUGGACCUCAUGUCAAUCGGGACACUACUUGCCUAUUCCCUGGUGGCUGUUUGUGUUCUCAUCCUCAGGUACCAGCCCGAUGAACUAAUGCAGCCAAAGGUGGAUCAGACUGUGGAAAUGCAGUGGCCACAGGAAGAUAAGGAGGAAACCGAAUCUGAGAAUAAGGUCCUGAGCUUUCGGAGCCUACUUUGCCCAUCCCACUCUACACCCACCCAGCUCUCUGGCCAUAUUGUCUAUGUGACUGUCUCCAUUCUUGCUGUGGUGAUGACGGGCCUCUGCCUGGUGCUGGCCCAGUGGUCAGAGGAGCUGUUGGCUGGAAACCCCACCUGGGUGACUGUGAAUGCCCUGCUCCUGGCACUAGUCAUUGUGAUCACCGUUGUCAUUUGGAGACAGCCGCAGAACCCAACUCAUCUCCAUUUCAAGGUGCCCGCACUGCCUCUCCUCCCCCUACUGAGCAUCUUUGUGAAUGUUUAUCUCAUGAUGCAGAUGAAGGCUGGUACCUGGGCCCGAUUUGGGGUCUGGAUGGUGGUUGGGUUUGCCAUCUACUUCACCUAUGGGAUCCGGAACAGCCUGGAGGGUCAGAAUGACCCAGUGCCCCCACCUCCAAUCACACCCAAAACUCCUGAAGUGAGCAGCCCUAGUGCCCCUUCUGUCUGACUCGCACAGCCUGGAGAGAGACUGUCAACCCAACACUGGAGAUUGCCUCUGUUUUUGCGUUCUUGCUCAACUCCUCUUCUUGGGUCAUAGGGGACUUGGGCUGCUAUUGGGCCAGGUGGGUCAUGAGGCCUGGGGGUAUCUCUCAUUGGCUCCCUGGAAGGGUAAGGGGGGGGGGUUCUUAUACAGAACUGUAUUUAUUGUGAUUGAAGGAUUGACCUUUUGCUGUUUCUUGUCUGACCUGUUUUUAUGGUCUUGUCUACUUUGUGAGCUUUUUGAA